AUGAUUAUCGCAAGUCCCGCCAAAAAGGAGCUCGCCAUUCCUCUACAAAAUCUAACCAAAUCAACUUCGCGAGAAUGUCUUCGCAUUCCCAAUGAACAUUCUCAAAAGAAGGAGGACGAUGUGGUGACCAUCACCCCACGAAACAAAGCUGUCAGUGAUCUUGUUUCCCAAUUAUUCGGUCAAGGCAGUUCUGUCCACGGCCAAGUCAAUGAGAUUAUGACGAUAUCCACUACGGUCGCCAAAUCGAAUAAAAUUGGAUGUCAAGCCUUCAUUCACAACAACACCGUAUUUCUCAGCUGCCCCAUCUUUGGCAAAAAUGCAGGUUUGCUCAACUGGGCGGAUGGUGAAUUUCAAUCUUGCGUUACUCGCUUGAUUGAACUCGCUGAAGAAAAGACAGGUUGCGGUGCUUUGGUGGUUGCCAUUGAUCGCCGCAAUCAAGAAAAUGUCAACACCAUCCUACGAGCUUUCCUGUAUCUUGGAUUCGAGGUUGUGAACCCUUCGGUUUACAAUCAGGAUCCAGGAUUCAUUUUCGUUGGUUAUGAACUCUAA